GGAGGCCAGCAGGAUCCUUCCAGCGCAAGCAAAUCCUGCCGGACAAAAAUUCUACCUCAGCUGAAAAGAUGUCCUUCGAGGGUGCCAGGCUCAGCAUGAGGAACAGAAGGAACGGCCUGCUGGACAGUACCCGGACCCUGUACUCCAGCACGUCCCGCAGCACGGACGUGUCCUACAGCGAAAGCGACUUGGUGAAUUUUAUUCAAGCAAAUUUUAAGAAACGGGAAUGUGUCUUCUUUACCAAAGAUUCCAAAGCCACGGAAAACGUGUGUAAGUGUGGCUACGCCCAGAGCCAGCACGUGGAAGGCACCCAGAUCAACCCGAAUGAGAAAUGGAAUUACAAGAAACACACCAAGGAAUUUCCAACGGACGCCUUUGGGGAUAUUCAGUUUGAGACUCUGGGGAAGAAGGGGAAGUAUAUCCGGUUGUCCUGUGACACGGACGCGGAGACCCUCUAUGAGCUGCUGACCCAGCACUGGCACCUGAAAACGCCCAACCUUGUCAUUUCUGUGACCGGAGGGGCCAAGAACUUCGCCUUGAAGCCGCGCAUGCGCAAGAUCUUCAGCCGCCUCAUCUACAUCGCGCAGUCAAAAGGUGCUUGGAUUCUCACUGGAGGCACCCAUUAUGGCCUGAUGAAGUACAUCGGGGAGGUGGUGAGAGACAACACCAUCAGCAGGAAUUCAGAGGAGAACAUCGUCGCCAUUGGCAUAGCGGCUUGGGGCAUGGUCUCCAACAGGGACACCCUCCUCAGGAAUUGCGACGCUGAGGGAUAUUUUUCAGCUCAGUACAUAAUGGAUGACUUCAAGAGAGACCCUCUGUAUAUCCUGGACAACAAUCACACCCAUCUGUUACUCGUGGACAAUGGCUGCCAUGGACAUCCUACGGUUGAGGCAAAACUGCGGAAUCAGCUGGAGAAGUACAUCUCUGAGCGCACUAUUCAAGAUUCCAACUACGGUGGCAAGAUCCCCAUUGUGUGUUUUGCCCAAGGAGGUGGCAAAGAGACUUUGAAAGCCAUCAACACCUCCAUCAAGAGUAAAAUCCCCUGCGUGGUGGUGGAAGGCUCAGGGCAGAUUGCGGACGUGAUCGCGAGCCUGGUGGAGGUGGAGGAUGUGCUGACGUCAUCCGUGGUCAAGGAGAAGUUGGUGCGCUUCUUACCCCGCACGGUGUCCCGGCUGCCUGAGGAAGAGACCGAGAGUUGGAUCAAAUGGGUUUCUCGCUGGAAAUUGAAGCUCGCGUAG